AUGGAUUCGGCUCCCACAGAGCUUGCCGCCACUAUCCAGGCUGCAAGCAUCGAACGACAUCCAGAUCCUGCUCUCGAUACCAACCCGCCCACAGCAGCUGAGAGAAGACAACCUGUGACCCUAGAGCACGCCAAGCACGAGCACGACGAUGGGAUCGACGAUGACGAUGAAGAAGAGGACAUUCCCUACAGCGUUCUCCGACCGGCGCCCAGACAUUCUCAUCUACCUCCUCUGCCAGAUCUGCGCUUCGAGCAGAGCUAUCUUCGAAGUAUCUCCAAGGCGGAUACAUGGUGGAAGGUGGCGUUGAUUACAACGAGGGAUCAGGCAUAUCAUCAUGCCCUUGACCCAGGGCUUAGUGUACAACCUCUUCCUCUGUGGCUGGCAACAUUGGAACAGAAAUGCUCGAUUGCACGGUAA